GGUAGUAAGUCGGUGUUUGCCAGUGACAGCCAUCCCUUAAAUCCUCAGGACCCCUGCCUUGUCAACCUCGUCCUCACAUCUGUAGCCUACAUUUCUUAUGACACGGUGCGAUGAAGCGGAAAGUAAACGGCAUUUAGGAGUAGUGUACAUGACAGCUGUGCAACAGGCAACUGGGCUGCAAACUCACUGAAGGCUCAUCGGCUUUGGAGGAACUGUUGCACAGAAUCCCGCUGCGAUGUCCCUGCUGUGUGUCAGAGUGAAGAAAGCGAAACUACACGGGCCUCCAGACAAGUUCAACGCCUACGUAACUUUAAAAGUGCAAAAUGUGAAGAGUACCACCAUCACAGUCCGAGGGGGUCAGCCAUGUUGGGAACAAGAUUUCAUGUUUGAGAUCAAUCAUCUGGAGUCAGGUCUGGUGUUGGAGCUGUGGAAUAAAGGUUUGAUCUGGGACACUAUGAUCGGCACAGCACUGAUACCCCUGGACACCAUUCGACAGUCUGACGAGGAGGGACCAGGAGAGUGGACGUCGCUUGACUCUGAGGUGUUAAUGAGGGAGGAUGAGAUCUGUGGUACCAGCAACCCAACUCCACACCAAGUGCUGCUGGACACCCGCUUCGAGCUGCCCUUUGAUAUCCCAGAAGAAGAGGCUCAGUACUGGACCAGUAAACUGGAGCGGAUCAACACCAUGAGGAUACAUGAUGAGUAUCCACUGCAGGAAGAGGUCCAGAGAAGACAAAUGGCAUCUGUUCCCUCUCAGUGCUGCAGUUGGAGUUAUUUCGGAUGGAAUGACCAGCAGACUUUUGAUGACCACGACAGUGCAGUGGAUGACCGUGAUAGUGACUACCGCAGUGAAACUAGCAACAGACCUCCACGGUUCCACAACACCUCCCAGACAAAUUCAUCAGUGCACCAGUACCCUUUAGGACGCAGGGUCCAACAUCAAACCCUGUCAAGGGAGGCUGACUCUAUACAAAGCUAUGAGCUAGACUAUAGAGAAAUAAGGGGGCCCAGGCGAUCAAACAGUCAGGGUGGAGUAAAAAUAAUCCCUGUUGACUCAGGAAUGGGUGUGGAGGAUUGGGAGAAUAAAUAUAAAGUGCCUGACUCAGGUGUCUUGGAUGAUUACUUGGACGCUGAGCAGAAAAUGUGGGAGGAUGAAGAUAAAAGCAUCAUCUACCGGAUCAGUGACAACCCUUGUGAGUCCAAAGGUAGCAGGUUCUAUCAGACAGUAGAAUGUGAUGCCCUAUCCCCUGAAGAUACGGAGGAGGCGAAUGACAGGCCUUACAGACAGAGGAAUGGCUUUUGUAGUGGAGAAGUGCGGUUAGUUUAUAAGGAAGCCGGCAGCUUUGAGGAUGAAUCAUCCCCUCCUGAGAUUGAUAUAAUUCCCUCUGUCAAACAGCUACAACAGCAUACAGACAGAAAAGGUCUGCUUUACAAGACCAGACUGUGGGCCAAAACUGCCUUAGAGGACACACUUGAGAACUAUGCGGCUUUUCGUGAGGACGAGGCUGCUCGGGAUGAGGCUGCAAGGAUCAGGGAGAGGGUUGAAUAUGGCUCUAUUGGUUCGGAUGAGAUGCAGUAUUCCUUUGGAUCUGAGGAGGAACUAGAUGACCUGACAUUCACUGAGGGGGAUGCUAGUUAUGAAUAUGAAAAUUACUACUACCCUAGCAAAUAUAUGUCACCUUUUGGAGGACAAGGCUGUUCAAGCAAAGGGAGAAUAGGUCGUGGACAAGAUCCAAUGUUGUCUCCUGAAGAGGAGCAAAGUGAUGAAUAUGUAGAUGCAAUGGAUGAACUUCAUAGCUUAGUUCACUCAGUGUCUGAAUACCUGGCCGUAAAAGAGGAGGAAAUCAACAACUAUGAAUCAAUGCCUAAACCAAUUAGAAGAAAACUCCCAGCACUGCCAACAGAUGCUGAAAUUGUGCAAUCUGGGGACAGUAAUAGCAUUGAAGCCAAACCUGAAGUUAAAGAGGACAGUGGUGUUGAACAGGGCAUAGCUGGAGUAAAAAAUGCCAUGAGUUCAUUAUUCAGUACAAUCACAGGAUCAAAGUCUACAACUGAGGUAGAGGCCUCUGCCACAACUUCAUCCCCCCAACCACCACAGGCAGACUCUGGUAUUUUAAAACUGCUCUCUUUAAUCCCUAAAGCUAGUACUGAAGCCACAGAUACCUCUGGUACCACUGCAACAGAUCCACCUACCUCCCAAGCAUCACCCCCACCUGUGUCUGGUAUUUCAAAGCUGCUUUCAUUUAUCCCCAAAAGUGGUGGUACUUCCCCUCCAGUAGCCAUAGUUCCUCCUGCCCCUCAGGAGCCCACAACAGAAAAAAAGUUCUCCCUUCAGUCUCUUUUGCCAUUUCAAUCCUCUGAAUCCAGUCAGCAAGCUGACAUUGGUCAGGGGCCAACACACAUUGGCACAGAGGCACAAGGCAGUGCAACCACUGCUAUUCAAUCUACAUCUGGGUUUGAAUCCAUGUUGGGAAGGCUUAGUCCUUUGAGACUUUUUUCCAGUUCACCAUCAUCUAGAGAGCCAUCACCUCAGCCAUCAGAGCAAAUAAGUGCAUCUGCUACAAGCAAUGAAUCCCAACAAGGGUCUGUAAAUAGAUCCACAAGUCCUAAUAGGGAGGGCUCGCAAACAGAGCGACAGUUAUCAGGUGAGACGAGACCAGGUUCGGGAAGUGGAUCAGUUGAUCUUUUGCCAGAUACAGGAAGUGGAUCAAUUGAGCUUUUGCAAGAAACCGGAAGUGGAUCAGUAGAGCUUCUUCCAGAGACAGAGUCAUCAGGUGAGCUACCUGAUAUUCAGCAAAGAAGAACUUAUGCAAUAUCUGAACCAAAACCUGAAAGCAGUUCAGAGGAAACAGGAUUCUUCAGUCCUUUUAAAAAUUCUCUCUCUACCCUCAUAUCAACAGUUCCUCCUGAGAAUUCCUCACAGACUGACAUAAAGCCUGCAGAGGAGUCAUUUUUAGGCGGCAAACUCAAAAUUCCAUUUCUCUCUUCUGAAAAUAGUUCCACAACAACCCCACCAAAAACAGAAGGAGGCAUGCUAUCUGGGAUUCUUAAGUUUGCGUCUGGUGAAGAUGCCAAUGCCCCGCCAAAAUGUCCAUCCCCUAGCCCUGCAAGGACUCCCUCUCCAAGUCGGGCUGCACUUUUUGAAAGUGUACCAAAAGGAAACACAGAAACUGGGUGGUUUUCAAACCUGUUUAAGGUAGCCCCAAGUGAACCUGCUAAGGAACCUGCAAAACCACAAAUGACUCCCACCGUGAUGCAAACCAAAGCUAGUGGUCAAACUGAGCCACAUACUGAACAAAUGGUUCCUAAAACAAAGGAAAGCACUGUCUGCAGAAUAGAACUAUUGUCUCAUGAGCAAACAUUGUCUGAAAAUGUUCCCCAAUUCAAGACAGAUGUCCAGCCUGAAGCAGAUGUCACAUCUAAAGAUCAAGUUCUGCCAAAGCCUGUGGAACAUGCCAGAUCACAACCACAAGCCUCACAGUCUCAAGGAAUUAUUUCUGGAUUGUUGAAACUUGGAUCAACAGAAGACAUGUCGUCUGACAAGAAAGCCCAGGGAGGGGAUAGUCAGCCUCAACAAGGUGGGCUAUUUUCAGGCCUAUUUUCAUCACCUUCCCAGUCACCCCAAACACAGAAUUCUUCCACACAACAGUCAGGAGGACUGUUGUCUGGAUUUUUAAAAUUUGCCUCUGAUAAUGUUUCUGCUCCUACAAAUCAGUCACUGUCAACAUUGCCAGGAGGCCAAUCUGGCCAAAUUCCAACUAAAACGCAAGGACAACCUGCUGCUGCACAGCAACCAACUGGAGGACUCUUAUCUGGGCUCUUGAAAAAAGCUACAGAUACAGUGACUGGGUCUCAACCAACUCAGUCCGAGUCACAAGCAGAUGCAGCUGACCAUACAGCCAAAACAGAAGUACCUGAAGAAAACGUGAGUCAAAGGACUAUUCCUUUUAUUCAGUCAGCAGGGAAUUUGUCGGGAUUGAUUACAUUGGGUUCAACAGAAGUACAUCCCCCUGACCAGCAAGUAAGACAGCCUUUAGUCUCAGAUCAACAACCAAACCAACAGCAACAGUCUAACCAAACAACAGAAAAACUACCUCCAAAAGCAACAGCAACAAUGCCUCAACCUAGUGGAUUGUUUGGGAGUUUGUUGAAACUUACAGAAACUGCUUCACAGCCACCUAAAGGGCCUUUGUCUACACAAUCUACACAACCAAAUCAGCAAUCAGGUAACAUGUUGUCAGGACUUUUUAACAAGAUCGUGGAACCUAAUCCUACUCCAUCUCAGAUACAAUCAGAGUCUGGUGCUCAAGAGACUAACCAAAAACCAGUGCAGCAAGCAUCUGCUCAACAAGGAGGCUUCUUCUCUGGUCUUUUUGGAAUUGGGGGCCAAGACUCUGCUCCUGCAAACCCUAGCCAGAUCUCACAAAACCAGCAACAAAGUGGCAAUUCUGGGCACCAACCUAAUCACCAACCGGGCAAUAGACAAAACCUACAACCGCAAAACCAAGUCCCUCCACAACAGCCCACCAGUAGUCCCGGAGGGAUGUUUACUGGAUUAUUAAACAAAAUUGCAGAUGCAGGCACCCCACAGUCUACAGUGGGGAGUCAACCAGAGCAGCAACAGGCACAAAGAGCAGGCCCUAAGAUGACCCAGCAACCACCUAAUCAACAGGUAGGCUUCUUCUCUGGGCUAUUAUCAGCAGGUCCUACUCCUCCAGCACAGCAGCAGCCACCUGUUAGUCAUGCCAACCAGCAGCAACCCCAACAAGGUAACAGACAGCCUCUGCGGAGGCAAAAUCAGAUACGUCCACAACCGGCUGCCUCUGCCCCAGAGCCACAGCAGGGUGGACUAUUGUCAGGGCUUUUUAAUAAGUUAGCAUCUACAGAUAAUGCACCACAACAGCCCACACCACAGACUGUGUCUCAACAGGGAAAUAAAUUAAACAUUGUUGGACCUGCUCAAUCUUCAGGUCAACAAUCGUCUCAAGCCAAUCAGCAAGGUGGAUUCUUGUCUGGUCUGUUUGGUCAGACAUCACCUCAACUGCAGCAACAGCCUGGCAAAAGUGCAAGUCCUCAACAUACAGCAACUCAACAGCCUAGUCAAAGUGGAGGCUUGCUUUCAGGAAUUCUGAAACUUGCAUCUGGUGAGAAUGUACCACAGGAACAACAGUCACCUCAACCUGCUCAGGCAGGUCAACCAUCUGUUAAAUCAGGGCAAAACCCAGCCCAGUCUGAAUCAGGAGGAUUAUUCUCUGGCCUGAUGAACAAAAUUGCAGGUACUGUGGAACAGUCAUCAUCACCAGUGAUCAAUGAUCAGGUGAACCCUCAAACAACACAGCAACAACAUCAGCCACGUGCAGGACAGGGGCGACCACAAAUUCAGAGAACCAAACCAGUAGAAAUGCAUUUGUCUCAAGAUGUGGCCACAGAUAAGGAUUUAAAAGGUCCAGCUCAAAAAGGUUUCCUUGCAGGCCUUUUUAGUGUCACAGAGGAGCCAUUGUCAAAGACACAGCAGCCAUCAACCCCUCAGCUUGGGAAGAAGGAACCAAAAACCAGCACAAGUAGCACAUCUCCUGGUUUGUUAUCCAGCAUUUUCAAAACAGGCCCCAGUGACAGUAGCACUUCUGCUCUUGAAAAGGAAACUGAAGAAGGCCUUCCUGAUCAUUUACUACCAAAGAGUAAGGAGGAAAUCCCUUUAAGUACAGCAACACUCACAACUGCUGUUGUUACAGCUACUCAAGUUGUUGAUCUCUGUAAUGAACCUCUGCAAUAUCAGGUUUGGCAAGAUCCUACAAUUUCCCCAACACAAUCUUAUCUUGAGGAAAUUCAACGUCUCUUGUAUGGGACAGCCCAUGAGUAUGGUUAUAAGGAUCUUUUAUUCAACUUUACAGAGCAUGGUGUUAUACCACCAGAGCUCUAUGAGCAUCAGUGUCUCAUAGAAGCUCUUCUGUGGCAGCAACUCAAUGAUUAUGCCCUUGCUGAAGCCCUUGCCACUCAAGUUCAGGAAUGCUCCCAAACAUGCCAAGGAAAUAUACCAUCAACUGCUAGAGCACCUCAAUUGGAGAAUCAUAUUAGGUUAAAUCCUAGAGAAAUGGACAUCAGUGACUUCAAUGUACCCUCACAUCCCUGGAGGGAUGCUGGUGUCCAGCUUUUUGAGAGCAGAAAUUGUUUUCUUGAGCCAGAUGAAGAUAUUGUUUUGUUUGACAUGAGUUGCAGAGACAAGAAACCCUGGAGUAGCUGUGAUAAUUUGAAUGAUCUUGAUUGGAAAAGAAAACCAUGGAUUGUUGAAAGUAGUGCUCUGAAUCUGUCCAUGGAAAAAACAAAAACACGGUUAAAUAGAUGUCAUUCGCUUGCAGAAUGCAGUGUACAGGAAUUCAGCAAAGUAGUGGAAAAAAGUGGUGUUAGUAGUGGCAUGAAAGAUGAAGACUUUGGCUUGAAAUCAGCUACCAAGUUUUUAAAACAACUUGCCAAAAAAAAGGGUCCAAUGGAUUUAACACGUGGUGCUAUGGAUUUAAGCAGGUCUGCAGGAACUACAGGGGAUGCAGAUGAUGAAAUGCUCUUUGAGGAUUCUGAGUGGUAUCAACAAUGGCUUUCACUAUUGGAGCAAGGGUUGUGGUGGCCAGCUGAGGCUGGGGACUGUGGAUAUUAUGUUUAUACAGAUGAGGAAUACAUUUAUUCCCUCUUAACUGACAGAGCUGGUGGACACCUCUAUGCCUGUGCUGAUCCAGAGGAUUUACGAGCUCUUGGAAAUAUCACUGAAAAUUGUGCUAACAUUGUGAAACAAAAAGAAAACGACAAAGUAACUCUUUGUGGUUUUAAAAUCCCCCUUGCCGCUGAAAAUAAUGAUGCCAAAGAUAAUGGUUUCUCGAUUCCAGGCAAGCAACAUAAUGAAUUAGUGCUUUUAGAUGCACCCAUGGAUCUAACUUACGCCCUAAGAAAAGGUGAAAAAAUAAUGAACAUGAAUUUGGAAAGUUUCUCUCAAAUGUUUCAAGAAUCUAUAACUUCUCAAGCAGAUCAGCCUGUAGACUUUAGUGUGUACAAGCUUAAAAAGAUUAAGGUGGAAUCGGUACAAAAUGGCAAUAGCUGUCAAGAGGAGCCAAUGGAGGCAGCUGAUCUAACUUUUAAGUCACUGAAAGGGGGACAUGGAGGGCCAUACUGGAAAAAUCAGGGGAUAAAAGAUGUGCUUACACUGUCACCUGCAUCUUCUUCAAGGUGCUUUUCUACACAAAUCUCUCCAAACAGACGUUACCCAAUUCCUGAAAUCAGGAUUGCACAAGUUGGUGAUACACCUGCAGAUCAACUAAACAAGUCAAGCUCUAUAUUUUCAGCUAACGGAGGAAUCACUCGAAUGUCUCCCAACACUGAUUCAAGUAAAGCUGAUUUACUGCCAUCCUCAACACCUGCUACAUCACCAUCAGUGUCUAGCAAGGUUUCAAAGACUUCAACAAUUUCCAAACAUCUUCCUGAGACCCCAUCAGCUUCAAAAAUACCAGGAAGUGUACAGUUGGGAAGGAAACUGCCUACACCACCAACUGUUACUAAAUCCUCUUCAGCUCUUUCAGCACAGGUAACUUCUGUUAGAAGUUUAACCACUACAUCUAGUACAACUGUGGCUGUGCCUUCAAUUUCCCCACAGAGACCCCAGCUUGCAAGGCAACCAUCUCAGGCAGACAAACCCAGAGUAUUAUCACAAGCAAAUAAGUCUACAGUCACAGGGACGUGUGACAUUAGCAAAGUAAGCAGUAGUUUAGCAGUGGACCAAACAUCCUCCCUGUCCUCAAAGCAGCCACAAGAUUCAUCUCAGAAAUGUACACCUCAGUUACAUAUACUGAAUGACAGCUCAAUUAAUGAAGCCCACCUUUACAAAAGAAAUAAUAACUGUGGCACUCCUACUGAACCUCAAAUAGCCAAUAAAGUCCUAGAUUUCUCUGCCACGAUUAAUAAAAACAAAAAUAUCAAAACAAAAGAUGUAACAGAUGCCAAGCUAGAAUCUACACAAAAAGAUGACGUUGUUGACUUUACAAAGUACAAGUUGAAAAGAUUUAAAGAAAAAAAUCAGAUAGAUACUAAUGCAAGUGUGUACUUGACUGACAAGACCAUUGCUGUAGAUCUUACUAAACAGAUUGAGGAAGAAGAAAUUGAAGGGCCUGAUUUAGAAUAUCCCACUCUGGGCACAUUACAGCAAAGUCCAAGUGUUUCAAUUCUGAGAACAGUUUCUCAGACCAACUAUAUGCCAGUUGAUCAACAAAGCAAAUUGGAGAGAAGAUUGUCCAGUCCAAAGGUUAGAGUUGGCCAUACCUUUUUUACAAUGCCUAUCCAAAGGCCACUAGCCUCCCACAGUACCUCUAUAAGUGGGACAAACCGAACUUAUGUUACAGCCUCUGGCAACGUUGCAUUAGACAAUUCAUCCAAACCUUCAUUUACAUCGUCUGAUGAAUUACCAAAGAGUUCUGACACUAAGGUAAAGUUAUUAACAACAAGUAGCUCUUCAAUUACUCAUAUUUCCAGUAAAGUAUCUAGCUUUGAUGGAGGUCUCAAAAACCCUGAAAAAAUUGGAUCACUGCAACCUGUAUGUACCACACCAUUGGCAAGCCCGGUUAUGACAAAACAAGUGGACCGUCAGGUUCAGCAACUAAAUUCUUCAUUCAAUGUGCAUCUAAAGAUGCAGCAAAGCCCACCAAUAGUUACAACUAGUUUUAGACAGGAGAUUCCUGUUGAUACUAAGAAAGCAAUUUUAACACCUCCCUCUUGUCAGUCUAGUGGAAAGGCUCAGCAAUAUCAAGAGACCACAGCACCAGCAAACUCAGUUACAGCUACAUUAGAUAUGUCUGCCAAGACAACAACCCAGCAGGUUGCGCAAACUGUUGUGGAUCCUGUCUAUGAGGCACUGUCGUUGACAAAGAGAAAAACUUUAAUUUCUGAGGAGACAGAAACAAGUUCUAGUCAUCAUGAAUCCAUUGACUUGUCACAUAGAGGGGAAUCAACAGAGCUUCAGGGACAAAGAACAGAGGGUAUUCAUUCACUACCUGUUGAGGAAUAUCAUUCUCAUACUAUUAAAGGCAAUCAGGUACAAUUCUCUGUUAGAAAACAGGAGAUUCCCUCUGGUAGUAAGAGAACAUUGUUACCAAGACAGCGGCCUCUUUUAGGUCAGUCUUCUGAUUCCCUUGAAAUGUGUAAACCAGCUCAACAAGCCACAGCGCCAGCCAACACAGUUAAGGCCACACUAGACAUGACUUCUAAAUCUUCUGUCAAAUUGAAGGUGAUUCAGGAAGUAAGAACAGAUGACAUUCUUACUGAAGCUAUACCACUAACAAGAGGCAAGCCAAGUGCCCGUGAACUUGCACGAAAAGAUUCCGUUGGUGUACCACUAGUUGUAGAUAUCCCUUCUGAAGAACCUCUUGGUGAAGUUAAGAUCAGCUCCCCUGCAAGUGCACAGCAGGAGUUUGAGAAUAAGACUCAAUGCCACUCAGAUUCUAUUCUAUAUCAACAACAGUAUUGGCAGAGCAAACUUGGUGUCUUUGAACAGUCAAAUCACUCAACAUUACAGUCGUCAGCCACUGUUCAAACACAUCAGACAUCCACUUCAACAAAACCAAGACAGCAGUCUCUUUUAGGUCAGUCUUCUGAUUCCCUUGAAAUGUGUAAACCAGCUCAACAAGCCACAGCGCCAGCCAACACAGUUAAGGCUACACUAGACAUGACUUCUAAAUCUUCUGUCAAAUUGAAGGUGAUUCCGGAAGUAAGAACAGAUGACAUUCUUCAUGAAGCUAUACCACUAACUAGAGGCAAGCCAAGUGCCCGUGAACUUGCACGAAAAGAUUCCGUUGGUGUACCACUAGUUGUAGAUAUCCCUUCUGAAGAACCUCUUGGUGAAGUUAAGAUCAGCUCCUCUGCAAGUGCACAGCAGGAGUUUGAGAAUAAGACUCAGUGCCACUCAGAUUGUAUUCUAUAUCAACAACAGUAUUGGCAAAGCAAACCUGGUGUAUUUGAACAGUCAAAUCACUCAACUUUAAAGUCGUCAGCCACUGUUCAAACACAUCAGACAUCCACUUCAACAAAACCUGUCUCAGCUGCAGCACUGGAUAUGUCGCCCAAGCCAUCCCAAGCCACACUGGAAACAACAAUGCCAGAAUAUGAGUCUACUCAAAGUGAAGCAAUUUCGCUUGUUAAUAAGCCAAGUGCAAGAGAAGUUGCCAGAAAUGAUUCAGUUGGUAUUUCCCUGGUAGUUGAAUCCACCCCACGGGAAUCAACAUGCCCGAAGCAACCUCAAACCCUGGAUGGGAACAUUGUCCCUGUUCUGCAUCAACCACGUUCGAGCUGUAUGACAGUGCAGUGCUCCAGUGUAAGUGAGACCAAUGGUGUGUCACAGUCCAUUAUCCAACCUUAUCCACGCUCUACAGCUCCAGCAAACUCUGUUAAAGGCACAUUAAAUAUGUCAACAAAGGCAUGUAUAUCAGACAUAGUGCUAAACUAUUCAGACCCAGUAUCAUUGGUAAGGAGAAGGCCAUCAAGCUUAGCAUAUUCUCAAAGAGAUUCUGUUGGUGUUCCACUAAUUGUGGAAACACAACCCUUCCAAGAGCAACCUAAAAGACAAAAAACGUGGGUAGGAUCACAAGAACAGAUGCAACAAGGAUUUGUGCACAGUAUAUGUCGAGAAAUAGAUCAAAGAGCAUCAGCACCUGCCAACUCCAUCAAAAGCUUCCUAGAUAUGUCUUCGAAAUCACAGCAGAAACAAUCUGAAACAGCUCCUGAUACUUGCUCAACUGGAACUGUGCCAUUUGUGAGAAACACAGCAACUAUAACAAGGGAUGGUUCUGUUGGUGUACCACUCAUAGUGGAGCAGUCUGAACAUCAACAAGUGAUUCAUGCCUUGAGUGGAGUCAACACCACUGAGACACUGCAAAGCCAGAUAUAUACCUACCACAGUAAUGAGGUCUUUUCUGAUUCAAUGAACACCAACAAGGAAACACACCAACAAAAUAAGCCUGUGAACUUCUCUGCAAAAGAUAGCGUAAAUACAACUAACAUUUCAAGUAAUCACACUGAACCAGAGGAUGGACAGCCCAUGAAUUUCACUAAUAGUAAAGCAAAGAAAGAAAUGUUUGAAAGAAGGCAGACUGGAAGGCAAUUGAAAAAGAAAACAAUACUGGGUAUUGUUGACCUAACUGUGGAUCCUCAAACCACAAUUAUUGGUCUUCAAGAUGCGAAGGAUCUUUCUUUUCCUUAUGCGUCUUCUCUCUCUCAGAGUAGUCUUUACGAUGAGCAGCAAUACAAACCUCCACCCACUUCUAAGGAGGUCAGAGAAGAUACAUCAAUUUGUCAAACUCAGAAGUCAAUACAACAUAUGGAAUAUUCCACUGAUAAACAUGCCACCACCCAACCUGAAAUACAUUGCAGAAGGCAGUCAGGAAUAGGAUUAAACUCUGCCCCAAUGAAUACUUCAGUUUCCUCUUUGAUGCCUAUUCAAAGGAAGAUGCAGCCUCCUCAGAAUGUAGCUCCCCAGGCUAUGCAAGACUAUGCAUCUGCUACAAUCUCACUAAACAGUCCAUAUCAACAAGAUAAAUCCAAGAAGACUGAUCAAUUACCUUCAAACAUAUCUCAGCUGCAAACACAACACCCACUCCCACAACAGCAAUACCAGCAACCUGGUGUGGAAAUUGGUUGGACUUCAUCCAUUGCUAGAUCUCUGCCAAAAGCUCCAAAGUUGCAAAGACAAGAUACUGUUCAGCAUGACAUGACCUUUAGGCCCAAAAUUCUUAUCAAGCAGCCAACUGUGGACAGCUAUGGGAGCAUAGAGGAAAGCCCAUCAUAUAGUGGAACAAUGACAAAUAAUGGACAGGCAUUGCCUCCUUUGUCCACCCCGCAAUUGUACUGUACAUCCCAAACUGUUCCUACCCCACAGCGUUUGCCUGCUUCAAUUAUUCAGAAAGCAAAUGAUAGACACAGACCUGAUCCUUCUUUACAGUCUUUUGAUGUACAGCCAGUGCAGAGCAGUGCAACUACAGAUUAUUAUGCAAAAGAACCUCUUCAACUCUCAAAACAACCUGAUCCAAGCCAAUGCCAUAUCACUGUUCUGCAAUAUCAGACACCAACUGUACUCACAGGUACUGGGGCUCCAAUUCAACAUGUAUCAGAGGUUAGUGCGCUUAUAUCCCCACCCCCCACAAAACAUGGCCCAAUGCCUGUAAAACAAGUAAAGAGUAGUCAUCUAAACCAGGGUUUUGGAGCUGAAAUGCAAGGACCAGAGGUAUCUCCAACACCAGCAGAAUCCACCUCUCUUAGGGGUUUGAUUUCAUUUUAUAGUGGUUUAGGUUCACAACCCUCUGUCAGUACAAAACCAAGUGAAUUACCUGCUUCCUUACCAUCUGAAUUAUCCAACAAUCAAUCUGCAACCCUGCAGACAAAGUUGGAUCCACCCCCCUCACUAAUUAUUGGAUCACAAUACAAAGGAAAAGGUUUAAUGUUAAGUGGUGUGAGCCCUCAAACAUCCACAAUGAUAUCACCUGUGGCCUCUUCCUCCAACGAGCCACCAAUGCGUGGUUUUAAGUCUAUUUCUCAAGACUGUCAGCAACCACAGGCAACACUAAAUGCAAGCCCAGUAAGAGAAACACCAGGGAAAGAAUUACCCCCUCGUGAAUCUUCACCAGAAAAACCUCCAGAUACCAUGACAUCCAAAAGAAUUUUAAGUAAAGGCAGUUCAGUAGAACUUUCAGAAACAUUGUCAAAGGUUACAUCUAACGCGAAUAGCGAAGGGAUAAUCACAGAUAACAUAGCUUUAUCUGAAUCAGGCAUGUCACAGCAGCAAAGUUCAGAAGAAAUCAAACAAACUAUAUCCUCAGAAUCUGACAAUGUCAACACUGGAUAUAGUGGGGUCUCUACUGUAUCUAACAUUUCACAGGAGAAAAUCAGCCAUCCAAGGUCAAUCUACAUUGGCAUUAAUUACUCAAAAGUACCUCCUGUUGAUACAGAAAUUGACCCAGGUGAGCCAAAGCCUUAUGUUAGACUACCCCAUAUUUUUGUCUCAGCAGCAAGUUCACCAGAAGACGAAACAAUUGAACAGGAGCUCAAUGAAUGUAGCAAGCCUCAACUGCCAGAAGUGAGUGCUUCUGAAGACAACACUCUCAUUGCAGUAACAUUACCAGCCUGUAAGGAUUCUUUACCUGCUGAUAUUGUUUCACAGUCUGAUAUACCUGAGGAUACACUGACUAGAGCAGAUUGUACCCGUGCAGAUGAACAUGACUCACAGCACAUCCUGACCAAGAAAAGCUCAACCAUAGAAGCUACCAUCUCAGAAGCUGAAGUAAAAGCAGAGACCACUGAGGCUUUUGAGUCGCCACUUGAGUCUUCCAAGGAUGUAAAAUCAACAGCUCCAGACAUAACACCACUUGAAGUAGUUAAACCUCUCGAAAACACAAUAUUAGUGCCAGCACCACCAGAAGGCACUGGAACUCUUGAAGAGUUAGCACAGAGGGACAAAAGUACAACACCUGAUGUUGUAUUGCCUAAAGAAGUUCAGUCUCUUGAUAACUUGUCACUAAAAGAAGUACCUUCUGCCUCAGAUGCAAAAUCACCUGAAGGUGUUCAACAGCUUCAUGACAAAACGGAAAGGGACAUCACCUUAUCUAACCCUAAGCCCAUUCCUGUCAAACCUUGCACAGAAGAAAUGACCUCCAAGGAGGAUAGUUUAGCUGCCAAGGUUGAUCAGCCUGAGGAAGAACAACCUAAUGAACAACCAGGAAAAGGCUUAUUUUCUAUGUUUAGUGGCUCGACUGCAACCCCUCAGCAGAUGUCCUCCCAAACUGGAUUAUCAAUACUUGGUGGCAUUCUUCCUGGGUCAUCUACCAAAGACACUCCUGGCACAGGGUUGCUCUCAAUGUUGGGUGGGUCAAAUGCCCCAUCUUCACCUGGAUCCAAAGACCCACCACUACUUUCAACCCCACAAGACACCCAGGGAAAAGGCUUAUUCUCUAUGUUUAGUGGAUCCAGUAGUCAGCCACCAACUGGCCCAAGAGGUCCAACUGGUGGAAGUGUGCGACCCAGAUGUCCUCCCCCCAAAGAACCUCCAAGCAAAGGCUUGUUUUCCAUGUUUGGUGCAUCUGCACCUCAGCAACCACCCAGUCCCAGAGGUCAUCGUGGGGAUAGUGCCACACCCAGAGGACCUUCCACUGGAUCUUCUAUAUUUGGUGGCAUCCUCCCAGGUUCUACUACAAAUAAAGAAACUCCUGGUGCAGGUUUGUUUUCCAAGUUUGGAGGUCUAAGUGCCCAGCCCCAAACUGGACCAAAAAUACCCCCACCAGGACCAACAGUUACAACACCAGGACUCAGAGGUUCAGAGCCCUCAGGAAAAGGACUAUUCUCUAUGUUUGGUGGACAAAACCAGCAAGCAUCAGAAGCACAUCCAUCAGCUUCUAAACCACUAGAAUCUGAGGGUAGUUUCAAAGUUUCAUCUAUGUUUUCACUUGGCGAGAGUUCUGAUGGUAACAAAUCUAAAACUGGGUUUGGCCUAUUUGGAAUGUCUUUCAUGGAGGAAACCAAGACAGAGCCAGAAACAAAAAUGAAGGGGGAGAUUGCUUCGGAACAAGUGAAACCCCCAGACACAAAAGAUGUUUCAAAAGAAGCAAAGAGUCGCCUUGUUGAGGCCAUGGAAAAUGUACCUUCUGAGUCUCUUUCUACAUCUUUAGUUAAGGUUGAACUUCAAGUAGAGCAGGCAUGCCAAGAUGGUCAAGAUUCUACCUUGGACAUUAAAAAAGAUACCACUGAAAAACCCUUUCCCCUAACAGAUCCACAUUUGGAGGAAGACAAAAUAGCCACAAUGCAGCAAAACCUUUCUUAUGAUGAAAAUGCCUCAGUUGUGGUUGACGCUUUUAUUACAGACACACCAAAUGUGACUGGUAAUAUACUAGAGAAAGAGACACUACAAGCUGUAAAACUAGUAAGUGAAGAACAGUCAGACAUCCAAAAUGAAUGUAAAGAAAUGAAAGAUACAGUAGAUGCUGAGAAAGAAGUUGCUAAAUCAGAAACAGAUACUUUUGAAAUUAAGAGCACAGGUGAUGAAAUUGGCAUAGCUGCCAUCAAAAGCCCAUUAGAAAUAACUGAAAAUAUGCAAAUGAAAAGUGUUGUGGAUUAUACUGACAAAAACACAAGAUCAGAUAUUGUUGGAGUGGAACAUGGGAAAGCAGAUGUUGAAGGAGGGAUAACAAUUCCAGAGGUAGAAAAACAAACUGAGGAGCCACUGAAAGUUGCUGGUGAAGAGCAAAUAGCAGUUGCAGAUGUGGAAAAAUCAAUCGAGGAACCUUUGAAAGUAGACAAUGAAGAACAAAGAGCAGUUGCAGAUGUGGAAAAAUUAACUAAGGAACCUUUGAAAGUUGUUGGGGAUGAACAAGCAGCUGUUGCAGAGGUGGAAAAAUCUAUUAAAGAGGCAACUGUAGCCGAUCCAGUGAUAGCAGUUACAGAAAAACCUACUGCAGAAUAUGUGGUGGGUGUUGUUACAACAGAGACUGCAGUUUCAGAACCAGAAAAAUCUAUUGAAGAAGACUUGAAAUCUAUAUCUGACGAGACUGCAAAGGAACCAAUUGAGGCUUUAGAGCUUGCAGAAGCUAGUAAAGAACCUGCACAUGGAUUAGAGAAACCUGUUGAAACUAAUAAUUAUGUUGCAAUGGUCUUAUCAUCAGAUGUGGAAAAAACUGUUGGUACCAACUUACCAGAAAUGACACCUCAAGCUGUGGGGCCUUUGAAAGGUCCUUUGUUGGGACCUUCUAGUCCUCCACCACAGCAACAGCCCAGGCCAGGCAUUGCCAGGCCACCUUGCCCACCAGGACAAAGAAUGGGAGCACCAAGGAUGGGAGGGCCACAGAUGGGAGGCCCAAGAAUGGCAGGACCAAGAAUGGCUGGACAAAGACAGCCAGGACCACGGAAGCCCCCUGAACCAGCUCCAUUUUCUGGCUUUAUGUCUAUGUUUUCUACCCCAAAUGCCCCAAGUAAAUCACCAACUGUUGGUGGAUUUUUUUCAAGUUCACCUGGUUCAUUUUUUGGUUCAUCACCUGCUCCUAGUCAGCAACAACAACAACAACAACAACAACAACAACAACAGCAACAACAACAACAGAAAAGCUCAUUUUUUGGACUUCCAAGUGGCAUUGCUACAGAAUCCCUUACUAGUGACCUAUUUGGUAUAUUCAAAGGUCCUGAAACAACUAAAUCUGAGGAACAUCAACAGUCAGGUACAGAUUCUGGAAAAGAGGAUCCUUGUGCAACAAUAACAAUCUCUGAAAGCACUAACAAGACAGUUACAGAGAAGACACCUUUAUCUGAAGAUGGACUUGUAAAAAGUCCUGAGGACUCUGAGGACCCUGAAAAAGGAUUAGUGGAGGAGGCAGAACGAACAGACAAAACAGAAGCAGAAGAAAGUUCUCUGACCGAAUCCACCAUGAAAACUGCUUUCCGUGAGAAAGAAGCAGGGGAUGAUGAGCAUGCUGAGCAUUUAGAGGAGCCAGGUUCUGCAGUGUCUGACAAAGCAGUAUCUGACAAAGCAGUGUCUGACAAAGCAGUGCCUGACAAAGCUGCUCCACCCCCAGCUCCUGAAACCAAAGGAAUGUUUGAAAUACCCGGUCUGACUGCUCCUAAAUUUGACUUUAUGUCUGUAGCUGCUGAAGGCACAUCAUCUAUUGGAUCCCUUUUCACCACCACUCCAUCUCCAGCCAUUGGUACAAAGACUCCACAUCCAAAACUGACAGAUGGUGGUCUCUUUUCUGGUUUUAAAAGUCUUUCAGCUGGUAUUUUCCAGGACGAAAAGCCAACUGGAAAGGAAGAACCAUCUGCUUCAUCUGUGUUUGGCAUGAAACUUGGCUCAAUGUUUGGUAACUCUGACCCUCCCAAACCUGAAUACACCGCUCCGGUGGUCACAGACCAACCGCAUUCUGAAAGUCCAAAACCUACUGAUGAAUUUUGUGAGCCAGAGUCUGAGAAACUUUCCCAUGGUUCUGGAGAAAUUGAAAGUGCAGAUGCCAGUGAUACAGAAGGACCAACAGAAACUUCAACAACAGGAAGCUGUGACACCUUAGCACAGUCGCCACAGUCUGGCAUCCCCUCUCACUCAGUUUCCUUAGCAGAAGAUUUGGAUGAACCCCUGUUAAAGAUCACCCCAUGUGAAGUAGAUAAGAGUGAAGUUGACACACCUGAAACCAUGAAUGCAAGUUUGGGCACAGAGCAACCAAAGGACCUGUUGACAAAGGAAGCCACGAAAAGUCCACCGGACAGCAGUCGCUUUGAUUCAUCAGGCAACCUCAGCCCGGCCAGCUCCCAGCUCAGCUCUGAGCCUGAGGAGCGCCGAGAUCCAGAGACCCGCCACCCCCGCUCCCUGCGUCCGUUUCUCAGUAGCCAAAAGUCUACCUGGGAUGAGGAAGAAGAGGAGGAGGAAGAGGUUGAGAAAGAGCUGCGUCCACUACCAGAGCCUGGUUCCAACAAAGAUUUGAAGGACUCUUCGGUCAUCCUGACCAAACCAAUCUUGGACAAAUGUGAUAACAAGACUAAUACUAAAAUCUGUUUCUUCGAAGAUGGCCCUCCACCGUGCUCUCCAUCCAAAGUCCGCUGGCUGAAAGCAUACAACAAAGUGAGAGUACAGCUCCUUGAGAGCCGAGAUCAAGAUGCUGAUCCCAGCAAGCACCCAUGGGCCAAGCCAGGGGGAAACACUCCGUUUGGCAUUGACAGCAUGCCAGACCUCCGCAAGAGGAGGCCCAUUCCACUUGUUAGUGAACUGGCUAUGUCUAUGAUACAGUCCAGGAAAGCUGGACUUGCCCACACACUGGCCACACGGACCUCCCUGAAAGACGAAGAGCUUAAAAACCAUGUGUACAAGAAGACCCUGCAGUCUCUGAUCUACCCAAUCUCUUGCACAACGCCACACAAUUUUGAGGUCUGGACGGCCACUACGCCCACCUACUGCUACGAGUGCGAGGGUCUGCUGUGGGGAAUCGCCCGGCAGGGUAUGCGCUGUGCGGAGUGCGGGGUCAAAGUGCACGAGAAAUGCCAAGAGCUCCUGAACGCUGACUGCCUGCAGAGAGCGGCCGAGAAGAGCUCCAAGACUGGGGCGGAGGACCGAACGCAGCACAUCAUCAUGGCUAUGAAGGACAGGAUGAAGAUCCGCGAGAGGAACAAGCCGGAGAUCUUUGAGGAGAUCCGGAAGGUGUUCAACAUCACCAAGAUGAUCCACGUCCAGCACAUGAAAAGCAUCAAGCAGAGCGUCCUGGACGGCACCUCCAAGUGGUCUGCCAAGAUCACCAUCAACAUUGUCAGUGCACAGGGUCUCCAGGCCAAGGACAGAACGGGCUCCAGUGACCCGUAUGUCACCAUCCAAGUUGGAAAGACCAAGAAGAGAACAAAGACUAUCUACGGCAACCUGAACCCAGUCUGGGAGGAAAAGUACAGCUUCGAGUGUCACAACUCAUCGGAUCGUAUAAAGCUGCGUGUUUGGGACGAAGACGAUGACAUCAAGUCGCGAGUGAAGCAGCGUCUGAAGAGGGAAUCUGAUGACUUUUUGGGUCAGAGCAUCAUCGAGGUCCGAACUCUGAGCGGAGAGAUGGACGUCUGGUACAACCUGGAAAAGAGAACAGACAAGUCGGCGGUGUCUGGUGCCAUUCGCCUUCAGAUCAGUGUGGAGAUUGAAGGAGAGGAGAAGGUGGCACCCUACCAUGUACAAUACACGUGCCUUCAUGAGAACAUGUUCCACUACUCGACGGAUGUAGAGGGAGGCGGCGUCGUCAAGAUCCCAGCGGCUCAGGGAGACGAUGCGUGGAAGGUUUACUUUGAUGAGGUGCAGCAGGACAUCGUGGACGAGUUCGCCAUGCGCUAUGGCAUUGAGUCCAUAUACCAGGCCAUGACUCAUUUCUCUUGCCUGUCCUCUAAGUACAUGCUGUCAGGGGUGCCAGCAGUGAUGAGCACCCUGCUGGCCAACAUCAAUGCCUUCUAUGCCCACCCAAUCGCCUCCACCAACGUCUCUGCUCCGGCCAGAUUUGCAGCCUCCAACUUCGGGAGAGAUCGUUUUGUGAAGCUCCUCGAUCAGCUGCACAACUCCCUGCGUAUCGACCUCUCCAUGUACAGAAACAACUUUCCAGCCAGCAGCAAGGCUCGCCUCCAUGACCUCAAGUCAACAGUGGAUCUUCUCACCAGCAUCACCUUCUUCAGGAUGAAGGUCUUAGAGCUGCAGAAUCCUCCUAGGGCCGCCAACGUGGUGCGAGACUGCGUCAAGGCCUGUCUGAACUCCACCUACGAGUACAUCUUCAACAACUGUCUGGAGCUCUUCAACCGCCAGUUCCAGCCCGCUGUCCAACCACCUGAGCCAGAGAAGAAAAAGAAAAAGAAGAAGGAAAAAGCAGAUGGAGAGGAAGAGGAAGAUGAUGAAGAGGAAGAGGAGGAGGAGGAAGAGGAGGAGGAGAAGAAAGAGGAGAACCAGCAGGAGGAGCAGGGCCCGAGCAUCCAGAAUCUAGACUUUUGGCCUAAACUCAUCACACUCAUCGUCUCCAUUAUUGAGGAGGACAAAAACUCCUACACACCCAUCAUUAACCAGUUUCCUCAGGAGCUCGAUGUGGGUAAAGUCAGCACUGAGGUCAUUUGGAAGCUGUUUGCUCAGGACAUGAAAUAUGCUCUGGAGGUUUUGUAUAAAGUUGACCUCUGCUGCUGGAACAACGCUCCCAGCACAUUUCACAUCCGCAAAAUUGAUUUCUACGCUGAACAUGAGAAGCAUAGACUCUGUAAGACUGCUGACUACAUGAACCUGCACUUCAAGGUCAAGUGGCUUUACAACGAGUAUGUUAAGGACCUGCCCGCCUUCGCAGACACUGUGCCUGAAUACCCUGCGUGGUUCCUCCAGUUUGUCCUGGCCUGGCUGGCUGAGAACGAGGAAGUGUCGAUGGAGUUCAUGCACGGGGCGCUGGAGAGAGACAAGAGAGAAGGGUUCCAGCAGACGUCUGAGCACGCUCUGUUCUCCAGCUCGGUGGUAGACAUCUUCACUCAGCUCAACCAGAGCUUUGAGAUCAUCAAGAAGCUGGACUGCCCUGACCCCACUGUGGUGGCCCAUUAUAACCGACGCUUCGCCAAGACGAUCACCAAAGUGCUGCUGCAGUACUGUGCCCUGCUGGCCAAGAGCUUUCCCUCCUACUGUGAGAAGGAGAAGAUACCCUGUGUGCUGAUGAACAACAUUCAGCAGAUGAGGGUCCUGUUGGAGAAGAUGUUCGAGUCGAUGGGAGCAAAGCAGUUAACUGCUGAGGAGGAGAUGCUUGAGAACGAGGAGGAACCCGAGGAGUUUGAUGAAGAGGCCAUCACUGACAAUGAAGGAGAGGAUGACAUGUCUGGCUGCUCAGACUCAGAGGGAUCUGAGGUUGACAACAAAGAGAAGGAGAACAAGGACGAGUCCUCAGGCUAUGAUGACAGUGAGGAGGAGCAGGAGAAGCUUGAUAAGGAAAAGUCCAAGAAGGAAAAGGCUGAAAAGAAAGACAAAGAGAAGCAGGAGGACACAAAGAGUAAACAGUCAAAGGAGGAAGUUAACAAGACUGAAGCCACAGCUGCCACAAAGAAGCUGGAUAUAGAGGCAGCCGACAUCCUCAAUGAGCUGCAGGUGAAGCUCAGCAACUUCCUGGAUAACUUCAGCACCAUGUUUGCCAAGAGUUUCCAGACUCGAAUUAACGGCUGCAUGCGUCAGAUGGCUGAGAUCCUUUACCAGAUCAAAGGCCCGCCCAACCACAACACUGCAGAGGCAGAUGCUGACGCCGUGCUGAGGCCCCUCAUGGAGUUCCUGGAUGGGAACCUCAGUAUCUUUGCUGACAUCUGUGAGAAGACAGUGCUGAAGAGGAUCCUGAAGGAUCUGUGGAAGAUUGUCCUGAGCAGUUUGGAGAAGUCUAUCGUCCUGCCUCAGAGCAACGACAGCCUGAGUUCCCAGCUCCUCACAGCAGCUAAAGGACUGUCGAAUCUAAAGGGAGGUGGUGAAGCCAAGACCUUGACGCCCAAACAGUGUAUAAUUAUCGAUGCAGGGCUGGAGACGAUCAAGCAAUACUUCCAUGCAGGAGGAAACGGGCUGAAGAAGGCAUUUGUCGAGAAAAGUCCUGAACUGGCUUCACUGCGUUACGCCCUCUCCCUCUACUCCCAGAGCACCGAUGCUCUCAUCAAGACCUUUGUCACCACACAACACUCCCAAGUGCAUGAUGGGAUGGGCAUCAGAAUCACUGGCAAUGAGAAGAUUCGACCUGAUAGGGGCUCUGGGUUAGAGAAGCCCAUCGGAGAGGCCAUUUUGCAGAUUGACAUGAUGCUUGGGAAGGAUCGCAAAGUCAUUGUCAGAGUCAUCGCAGUGAAUGACAUUAAAUGGCAGACAUCAGGGAUGUUCCGGCCUUUCGUGGACGUCUCCAUGGUUGGUCCCUUCCUGGCCGACAAGAAGCGCAAGUUCACCACAAAAUCCAAGAACAACAGCUGGUCGCCAAAGUUCAACGAGGCUUUCCAAUUUGUCCUGGGUAAGGAAUCCCCAGACUGCUAUGAACUCCAGGUAACAGUAAAGGAUUACUGUUUCGGCCGGGCGGACCGGGUGGUCGGCAUGGCCAUGGUUCAGCUGCGUGACGUCGCUGACCGCAAGAGCUGCGUGUGCUGGUGUCCGCUGGGGCCGCGCAUUCAGACCGACGAGACGGGCUUGACGGUGUUGCGCAUCCUGUCCCAACGGCCUGCCGACGAGGUGGCCAAGGAGUUUGUCAAGCUGAAAUCUGAAACUCGUCCUGUGGAGGAGGGCAGAUGAGCAGAGACACUGACUCAAGAUCAUAGACUUGUUGGAAAAACUGAAACUGACAUGGAUCACGGUCAGGGUUUAGAGUCAGGGCUACGUGGUGUUGUCUGUUGUUAAUGAGCACUGUCAUCUUCAUCCUCAGUAAACACGGACCGCUAAAGCCUUUGACGUGAAGGAGAUCCUUCCAAAGACACAGUAGACACAAGCAAGUCGGCUAUUUGUCCUAGUUAGAAAAGAAACUUGUUUAAUUCAAUGGGCACAUUUUGAAAGCAGAUGCUUUCUAAAAAUGUUGAAAAAGAAGAACAUACUCAGCCACCAUAUCAUAACUAUCAAGUGACAUAUGGAUUUAAAUCACCAUCUCAGAGGUCAAAAAUUGUUUCACUUCAUUGGAGAAAAACCAUUGACAUCUUCUUCAUCUUAUGAUUCUGAUGACGGACUAUUUUGGUCGUCUGUAGCAAACUGAAUCUGUAAUCUGUUGGCCAUCAGAGCUGCUAUUCCACCUCUUUUUUUACCAAACAGAUUCACUGGAAUGAAUGUACUUGAGUCUCUGUUUACCUGACAGUAUGAAAAGAUGUGAACAAGGCACCAAAUUAAUGAUCAUAAAUACCUAUGACAUGAGAUGAAAGUGAGUUGGAGGAAGUCCUAGAUUAUUGUACUGUUUGAGCCUUUGAGGCCUUUUGAUCUCUAACAAAUAUCUUAUGACAACCACUGUUUACUCUGGUAUCCCAACACACUGUUUUUACAAAAGAAAUGAUAAUUAGAGUCA